UGUCAUGGCGUGUUUGGUGUCCUUGGGAACAGCGGCGGCGCGAGGCCGAGCGAUGCACGGCGCGGCCAGCGCGGCUCGCAGAUGCAACGAGCACUAGAAAACAAUGAAAAUACAAAAGAAAGACAAACAGAUGUCUACCACCCAGAUAUUAAAGCACACUUCAUCCUCAGUAGCUUCUUCCAGCACUGACCAAAACGCACAAAACCCGUUUCCCAGCAGCCCACUUGGCUUGCAGGAGCAGACGAGGGCCCCCGGUGGGCUCACCAAUCACUGUAUGGCCCACGCUAAACAGGCUGGCUCUGGGGAGCCGGGUCCCGGCGCAGGCCGCCCAAGCCCCUCCCCACUGUCUCUGCCGUUAAACGGGGAGGAGGAUGAUGGAGGCGGAGGAGGUGCUAGAGUCAAGAAGAAACGGAAGAAAAAAGACAAGAAAGAGGUAGACUUCUGGCAGAAGUCAGAGAAGGAAACCAGACCAAAGAAAAAGAAGGAGGUGAGCGAAGGCAAGGAGCUGCUCCCACGCAAGUCCAAGGAGUUGAAGAAGGUGAAAGAGCUGAAGCCCCCAAAGGAGUCUAAGAAGGGAAGGAAGUCACGAGAGGCAAAGGCCCGUCCCAAGCUUAAGGCUACACGUGAUGGAAAGAGUGGCAUGUCGUCUCCAAAGCAGCGUGGACGCAAGGCAAAGGAACAAGGUCCAUUACCAUUGGAGAAGAAGAAGAAGGGUAAGCGGAAAAGCGAGGCCCUACAGGAGAUGUGUGAGAGUGACGAGUCUGCAUCCCUUUGCACGCUGGCAGCAGGGAAUGAGGAGAGCAGCGAUGCCCCAGAGAGCACGAAGCGUCGCUCUGGGCGGCAGGUAAAGCGGCGAAAGUACAAUGAGGAUUUGGACUUCAAGGUGGUGGAUGAUGAUGGGGAGACCAUUGCUGUUCUGGGUACUGGGAGGAUCCAGGCGUUUUCCUCCACCAGCCUGGCCUGGCAAUCUGAGGAGCCCCCUGAAGAUGAAGCCAACAUUAUUGAGAAGAUUCUGGCUGUGCGAACUGUAAAGAAGGAGCCGUCUCAAGGAGAACAACCCCUGGAGUUGGAGGAAUUCUAUGUCAAGUACAGGAAUUUUUCCUACUUGCACUGUAAAUGGGCAACUCUGGAGGAGCUGGAGAAGGAUCCCCGCAUCCAUCAGAAAAUUAAACGCUUCAGGAACAAGCAGGCACAGAUGAAGCACAUUUUUACAGAGCCGGAUGAGGACCUGUUUAACCCAGACUAUAUUGAGGUGGACCGACUCCUUGAGGUGGCCUACACUACUGACACAGAGACUGGCGAGGAAGUGACCCACUACCUAGUGAAGUGGUGUUCCCUGCCCUAUGAGGAGAGCACCUGGGAACUACAGGAGGAUGUGGACCCAGCCAAGAUCCGGGAGUUUGAGGACAUAAAGAAAAUCCCAGAACUGAAACAUGUAGAGAGACCCCUCCCUGAGCAGUGGAAGAAGCUGGAGCAGUCACGGGAAUACAGGAAUGGCAACCAGCUGCGCGAGUACCAACUGGAGGGCAUGAACUGGCUGCUCUUCAACUGGUACAACAGGAAGAACUGCAUCUUGGCUGAUGAGAUGGGCCUGGGAAAGACCAUUCAGUCUAUUACGUUCCUGUAUGAGAUUUUCUCAAUGGGAAUAAAGGGUCCAUUCCUCAUAAUCGCCCCACUCUCUACCAUCACCAACUGGGAGCGCGAGUUCCGUACCUGGACGGAGAUGAAUGUCAUUGUGUACCAUGGCAGCCAGAUAAGCCGCCAGAUGAUCCUGCAGUAUGAGAUGUAUCACAAAGAUGAACAGAGUAAUCCUCUGCCCGGCAUGUUUAAAUUCCACGGGGUGAUCACCACCUUUGAGAUGAUAAUGGCUGACUGCCCUGAGCUCAAGAAGAUCCACUGGCGCUGUGUGGUCAUCGAUGAGGCUCACAGACUUAAAAACCGCAACUGCAAGCUGUUGGAGGGCCUGAAACUUAUGAACCUGGAACACAAAGUGCUGUUGACGGGUACACCGCUGCAGAACUCGGUGGAGGAGCUGUUCAGUCUGCUCAACUUCCUGGAGCCCCUGCAGUUCCCUUCAGAGACCAGCUUCUUGGAGGAGUUUGGGGACCUCAAGACAGAUGAGCAGGUGAAGAAGCUGCAGGCAAUCCUGAAGCCCAUGAUGCUUCGGAGGUUGAAGGAUGAUGUGGAGAAGAACCUUGCACCCAAAGAGGAGACCAUCAUCGAGGUGGAGCUCACCAACAUCCAGAAGAAGUACUACCGUGCCAUCCUGGAGAAGAACUUCACCUUCCUGGCCAAGGGGGCCAACCAGCACAACAUGCCCAACCUCAUCAACACUAUGAUGGAGCUCCGGAAGUGCUGCAACCAUCCUUACCUGAUCACAGGUGCUGAGGAAAAGAUCCUUGAGGGCUUCAAGAAAAUGCACAACCCUGAUGCCUGGGACUUCCAGCUGCAGGCCAUGAUCCAAGCAGCAGGCAAGCUGGUCCUGAUUGACAAGUUGCUGCCAAAGCUGAUCGCUGGUGGGCACAAGGUGUUGAUUUUCUCACAGAUGGUGCGCUGUCUGGACAUCCUGGAGGACUACCUCAUUCAGAGGAGGUACACAUAUGAGCGCAUCGACGGGCGUGUAAGAGGGAACCUGCGUCAAGCUGCUAUUGACCGCUUCUGCAAAGUGGAUUCCGACCGCUUUGUUUUCCUGUUGUGUACGAGAGCUGGAGGCCUGGGAAUCAACCUGACUGCUGCGGACACCUGCAUCAUCUUCGACUCAGACUGGAAUCCACAGAAUGACCUGCAGGCUCAGGCUCGCUGUCACCGGAUUGGCCAGAGCAAAGCAGUGAAGGUGUACCGGCUGAUCACUCGGAAUUCCUACGAGAGGGAGAUGUUUGACAAAGCGAGUCUGAAACUGGGGCUGGACAAGGCUGUACUGCAGGACAUCAAUCGCAAGGGCGGCCUCAAUGGGGUGCAGCAACUGACCAAGAUGGAGGUGGAGGACCUGCUGCGAAAAGGGGCCUAUGGGGCACUGAUGGACGAAGAGGACGAGGGCUCUAAGUUCUGUGAGGAAGACAUUGACCAGAUCCUGCAGCGCCGCACUCAGACCAUUACCAUCCAGACAGAGGGCAAGGGCUCCACCUUUGCAAAGGCCAGCUUUGUAUCAUCUGGAAACAGAACAGAUAUUUCUCUGGAUGACCCAAACUUCUGGCAAAAAUGGGCCAAAAUAGCAGAGUUGGAGAUUGACUCCAAAGCAGAGAAGGAGAGCCUGGUGAUCGACACCCCGCGGGUAAGGAAGCAGACACGACACUACAACUCAUUUGAGGAGGACGAAUUGAUGGAGUUUUCUGAGCUGGACAGCGACUCGGAGGAGAGGCCCUGCCGCACACGGCGACUUAGCGAGAGGAACCGCCGCUACUUGCGUGCAGAAUGUUUCAGGGUGGAGAAGAACCUGCUCAUAUUUGGCUGGGGCCGCUGGAAGGACAUCCUGACCCACGGACGCUUCAAGUGGCACCUUUCAGAGCGGGACAUGGAGCUGCUGUGCCGGGCACUUCUGGUCUACUGUGUGCGCCACUACAAGGGUGAUGACAAGAUCAAGAGCUUCAUCUGGGACCUCAUCACACCCACCAAGGAUGGCCAGAAUGAAGCUCUGCAGAACCACUCUGGCUUAUCUGUCCCUGUGCCCCGGGGCAGGAAGGGCAAGAAGCUGAAGAACCAGCUAUGCCAACCAGAGCUAAAGAAUGCAGACUGGCUGGUCCACUGCAACCCUGAGGUGGUCCUUCAAGACGACAGCUAUAAGAAGCACCUCAAGCAACACUGCAACAAAGUUCUGCUUCGGGUACGGAUGCUCUAUUACCUGAAAGUUGAGGUCCUUGGAGAGGCAGCCAACCAAGCCCUGGAGGGCAUCCCUGCUAGUAAACUGGAAGUGGCCUUACCUGAUAUUGACUACCUGGAGAUCCCAGCAAGCUGGUGGGACACAGAGGCAGACAAAUCUCUUCUCAUAGGCGUUCACAAGCACGGCUAUGAGCGGUACAACGCCAUGCGGGCGGACGCAGACCUUUGCUUUCUGGAGCGGGUCGGUAUGCCAGAUGUCACAGCACUGUCGGUUGAGCAAAGUGGUGGAGAGACAUCAGCUGAUGCCACAGACAGUGUCUGCAAAAGUGAUGAUGUCAAAGAUGAGUCUGAGGGCAAAGUGGAGGCAACAGGGGACAAAGAGCCAACUGAGGAAGAGACGGCAACGUAUAAUGAAAUCUCAGACAAAAGUGAAAAUGCUGUUCCAGUGGUGAUGGUUCAGGACAAUAUGGAACAAGGCCGGGCUGUGUGGCCCACGGGCUCGGCCCUCACUGCAAGACUACGAAGACUCAUUACUGCUUACCAGCGCUUCACCCGCCGGGAGCCCUUGAGGCAUGAUUUCCUGAUGCCUGAGGGGGCGGGGCCCAUGGCAUGGCAACUGGGGGAGGAAUUCCGCCGGCGAGUGACAGAGCCUGACCCCCUGUUCCUGGAGUGGCAGAGGAGGUGGACUCGACGUGAGCAGGCUGACUUCUACCGCACUGUGUCCUCAUUUGGAGUGGUGUAUGACCCAGAGAAGAAGGCCUUUGACUGGACACAGUUCCGCUCCUUUGCCCGUCUUGAGAGGAAGACCGAUGAGAGCCUGGAGCGGUACUUCUGUAGUUUUGUUGCUAUGUGCCGCACAGCCUGCAGGCUUCCUCCCCGCAAGGAUGAAGGGCCCCUAGAUCCCACUCUGUUUGUGGAGCCUAUAACGGAAGAGCGGGCCGCUCGUACCCUGUACCGUAUUGAGCUGCUGCGGAAGGUGCGUGAGCAAGUCUUACGGCACCCCCUGCUGGGCCAGCGGCUGCAGCUCUGCCAGCCCAGCCUAUAUCUGCCUGUGUGGUGGGAGUGUGGCAAGCAUGACCGUGACUUGCUCAUUGGGGUUGCUCGUCAUGGUUUGAGCCGGACCGACUACUACAUCCUCAACGACCCACAGCUGUCCUUCCUGGAGGCGCACAGAAACUAUGUACAGAAGGAGAACCGGGGAUUCCCGUCAACUGCCCUACAUCACCACCACCACCACCAUCACCACUGCUGUCUGUAUGAGGCGGGCCUCAGCCACUGCCACUCCCCGCAGCCGGCAGAGUUCCACCCAAGCUCUAGCCACCACACUCAAGCCCAUAUCCAUUCACACAUUCACACACCCUCUGAGGUGGUGGGAGCCAACACGGGCAGUCACUUGGGGGUGGGGACUACAGCCAGGGAGGGUUACCUGGACUGCCCCUCCUUGGAUGAGUCUCUGGAUUUGAAUUCCCUUCAGCAUGACAGCCUGACCAGUGACUCCCUGCAUGGCAAACCCACCAAGGAGGCCCUGAAUGGCUUCCCCUUCAACUCGGUCUCAGGCGGACAAAACAUGUUGAACUCAUAUGGUGUGCAGGGAGAGCUGAAUGGCAGCCAGGGGGACAUGGACCCCAUCCCCGGCAAGCUGCGCAGUGACGUGCUAGUUGGGGAACAAUACCCCUGUGAGGACACUGGCCUAAUUGCACCCUCGGUCGAGCUGGAUGAGCUGCAGGCCCCCUGGGAAAGCACAGACCACACCAGCACUUCUGACAUGUUCAAUGAGUCAGAUGCUAUCCUUGGUCCGUCCUCUCUGGAGCCAGAGUUCCUAGACACUGGGCAGCCUGGGGAGAGCAGAGUGGAUGGGGCACUGACAGACUGCCUGAGCAUGCCCAGCUCUGACUCCCAGAGCAACACAGUGGAGCCACUGCAGCCCAGCUUCAUGCUGUUCAAGGACAUUGCGGACACAGAGCCUGCUGUGGAGCAGAAUGACCUAUCUGCCAGCCCAUCAGAGUAUGUUCCGCCCCCCAUCUCCCUCUCAGACAUGAGCCUCCACCAUCAGCGUGGGCCAGAUGAACCGGAGGAGAAACUGAGUGACUCAGAUGUCACCCAUAGCGUGCCAAGCCCCGGUGAUGUUGCAGAGAGCGUCACCUUUGAGUUUGACAAGGAGGAGCUGUCACGUGACAGCCAGAGCCUGGCAGGCCCAGAACCAGACCCAGAAGUGGACCCAGAUCCAGAGGCUUCAAGGGAGCUUAGUGAGGAACAGGGAAAUGUGGGUGAUGCAGCCAAUGCAGGUGACAUGGCUGAUGAGAGUACGCUCAGUGAACAUACGUUUGCCGCCGAUGAACCUGCAUCCCCAUCGCUUCCUGUCCCGCAGGCGGACACCCCCGUGUCCUCCGGAACUGAGGUGGUCUCCCAGUUCAAACAGGAGUUCUCUUUGGAGCCACUCAGCUCAGACAGUAAGCCAGAUGCACUGGAAGCAGAGAGCACUGUGGCGUCCCCCUCAAUGGAGCAGACAGGUAUGCUGGAGGUGAAGGAUGAGAUCAAAGAGGAGAGACCCAAGAGUCCAGCUUUACUUGAGGGGAGUUAUGUAGAAGAAUCACGUUUCACAGCCCCUCUGUCGGUGUGUGAGAUGACGGAGAGCCUGCCUGAGGUUCGAGAGCCCACCAUCGCCCAUCUUCUGCAGGAGAAAGCCCUGUACUCCUUCUCCGAGUGGCCCAAGGAUCGAGUGAUAAUAAAUCGCAUUGACAGUAUCUGUCAUGCUGUCCUAAAGGGGAAGUGGCCCUCCAGUCAGCAGUAUGAGUCUCCUAGCUCUCUAGGAAACACCUGUGUACCCAACAGCGCCCCCCCAAGGGCUGCCUACAUCCCUGCAAGAGUGCAGCCACAGCAGAAUCUUAACUUCAGCAUUUCCGCUCCUGUCUCCCAUCUCCCCAAGGAGAGCCUAGUGGGUGUGCCUUUCCUGGCUGAGCUGAAGCGGGGCCGACGUGGGUUAGAAUUUGAAGGAGAGGCUCCUGGAAAGUCUUGUCCUAGUGUAGAGAAGAUCCCAGUAGGCAUGCCACACCGUGGUGGGGCCCUGCUCUUGAACGGCUGGCAAGAUGCUGCGAUGGACCUGUCAAAGGCUGGGGAACUUGGGAUGGCCCAUGCUGGGCACACUGGCCCUCACAAAUUGCCCCCGUUGAACUCCUUGCCUGGUUCACUGGGUCUGGAUAUGGCUGGCAUACUGCAAGCUGGUCUGAUCCACCCUGUCACUGGUCAGAUUGUCAAUGGUAGCCUACGACGGGAUGAUGCAGCCAUGCGCAGGAGACGAGGCCGACGGAGAAACGUUGAUGGGGCUGAUGUGGGUUUUGUCAAGAACCAAGAUCUUCAUGUCCCAGAAGUGCAGAGCAGACCAGAAGGCGUCAACCAGUCAACGGUGUCAGUCCCAUCCUCGUCGGCUCCACCAGAGCACCCUCCUGUGCCCCCGCAGCCUGAAAGCCUCCCGCUUGAUCGUGAGACAGCCAACAAGGGCUUGCUGGAGUGGCUGCGGCAGAACCCAAACUACACCAUGGAGAUGCCGCCCUUCAGUACUCCCCAGAGUGUGGGCAUCCUGCACAGCUUUGUGGACAGACCCAAACAGAGGAGGCAUCGUUGCAAAGACCCCAGCAAGCUGGAUGUCAACUCCCUUACAGGAGAGGAGCGAGUGCCAGUGGUUCACAGGGCGACAGGCCGCAGGCUGGGGGGUGCUAUGGCACCAGCUUUAAAGGAGCUCUCUAGGUGGCUGGAUGCUAAUUCGGAUUACUGUGUGGCCCCUGACUGGGCUGACAUUGUGAAGCACUCGGGAUUUCUACCGGAGGGUAAGUUUACUCGUAUACUAACUGAGCCGGUGUGCCGAGACUCAGGGCCUCGCAAAAGGGGCCGGAGACCCCGGAAUGAUAUGCCUAAGGUGGGAGCCAUGCUGUCAGAGGCUCACUCUAGUAUGGGGCCCUUGUUCAUGAACGGACUGAUCGGAAACAUGGACCUCAUGGGCCUGCGGAACAUGCCGAGUAUCCCACUCACCGGUCUCAUGGGAUUCCCCCACGGGUUUGCGGCUGUGCCGGCUGGAGAGGACGCCAAGAAUGGCCUGAGCAUGCUUCCCAUGAUGCUUCAUGGCAUGCAGCCUCAUGUGUUCAGUGUGGGUGGACUCAUGAGCCAGUCGGCCACAGCGGGUACUCCAACCCCCACCACGGCGGUGUCUUCUGCUGCAGCAAGCCCGGCAAGCAGCUCUGACCUGGCAGUUACAGGCGCCUCUGCUGAGGGUGAGCCAACCAGCUCGGAAGCUGAUGCUGAGACAAAGAAGGAGGAUAAGCCCCUGGUGGAGGGCAAAGCUGGCCCAGCCCACAGCCACGGGGAGCCUGCCAUCGUCUUAGGAACUAACAGCAGUGGUGGCAGUAGUGGCAGUGGUGGCGGGAGCGGAAGCCACCUGGCCUUCAACCCGUUCCUAAUUCCAGGGAUGUCCCAUGGACUGCUGUACCCACACAUGUUCCUCCCUCACGGUGGUAUCAUGGCACUGCCUAGCAUGCCCCAUGCAGACAGCUCUGGCAGCCCAAAGAGGAAGAAGAAAAAAUUACGUGAGGAAGGAGCAGAAGAAGCUGGUGUCAAAGGCAGCCCGCAGACUGACAGUGUUCGUCUGAGAGUGGCCAGCGACAGUCAGACUGAUACAAGGGAGAGCCCUGUGGCAGGGUCUGAGUGGCAGACAGGGGGUGGGGUUGAGGCCAACACAGACCCGCCUCCCCACACACCUCCAGGAGCAAUGCCAGAGGAGGGUCCUGCAGAGACAAAUGUGGCUGUUGAGAUGGUCCAAAAGGCUGCAAGCCCUGCAGAAGGGGAGAAACAAGACGAGGAACAGCAGGAAGAAGCGGGAAAGGAAAGAGAAUCAACAUAGACUCCUUUGCCCUUCUUGGAACUGUAAAACAGAAUUACCAGUUUGUGGUGUGUAAGUCAAUGAUGUUUAUGUAAAGACUUUUACUAUCCACUUAUUCAUGUUUAUAGAUCUCUUGUCCAGUACCAAACCUCUGAUCAUCCUCUCCACCUUCCCUCCCCACUGUGAGGACUGAAAGAAAGCCGUACCCAAGCAUGUGACUCGCGAACAGAGGUUUGAGUAGAGGUACACAUUCUCGGCAGCGUGAGUGACAGCAGGAAGAGUUCUCUCCCAUUCCUGCCGUACCAUGGGAAUGGUUGUGGUGGGCAGGGGUUCUUCCAGGUGUUUCCUGGCGAUUAGAGAGCAGAGCUCCACCAUUCUGUUGAGAGUGGGAGUGAGAGCCUUGAGUCACGCCGCCAUUUUCUAUUACACUACGCAUGCUGACAGCGAGCACUCUUGGGCUCUGAGGCACAAUGCUGCAGAGGGCUGAUAUAGCAGUGGCAAGUACUGUCUCCUCAGUUGUCCCGGUGGUGUUAACAGGGUUAUAGAUUACUCCCAUUCCUCUCUUUUCCACCAGUUCCUAAAAAAUCAAGUUGCGAGAGCCAUCUUCGUAGAAUCCCUCUUUAAAAGCAUCUAUUAAAUAGUAAAGCAAUUAAGGAAGCAAGCACCCCAAGAAAGAGUAAUGGCAAAGUUGCUGCUAAGAAGUUGUCUGAGGGCAGCUUACUUCAU